AUGAAAAUGACAGAUAGUAUUUUCCGACCUGCAUCUGGUGAGCGAACGUGUACUAGUAGUCUAUCAAGCGUGUCGCUGUCAUCAAAUCCUGAUGCGGAUACAGUGAAGGACCAGGGCAUCCCGGAGGAAACCGCCAUCCGCCUCUCCAGUGGAAGUCCUGACGGAACUGUCGUUGACAAAGAGAAUGAAGAGUCUGAUAUCCAGAUGGCCAUUGAUGAGAUGAAAAGACUUGAUAUUAUCCUGGCUGCAAAGAUUUGCGAAGAAAAACAGGUCAAGUGUCAGGGAAAGGCACUUAAACAAAAAAUCUGUCAGGAUCUGCUGCAGAUUAAGCCGGAAAGUUUAUCUGUGUGUGCCUAUGAAGCUGAGAACACAAGACUGUUUUUGGCUCUGGAAGCAACCUGUGGUGAUAAGAGGCUGGGCAACAUGCAAGAGUCAUCUGAUGUUAGACAGGACAAUGGGCAAGAGCAGUCAGAAGGCAGCCACUGUGGGGCUCCAAGGGACAGCAAGAGGAAACAAGAAGACUUUGUUAAGAAAAACAUUGAGCUGGCCAGCGCUGCAGGGGGGCAUGCAUUGAUGACCCAGGCAGAGAAGGAGCGUCUAGCUGAACUCCUUAAUGAAAUGGAGGAGGAGGAAGAGGACAGUGCCACAGGAGCAGACAGAGAGGAUAACCUAUGGACAUUGUCAGCCCCAAUGGGUCAGGGCUACACCCCGGAGUCUUCUAGCCUGAAGAGGCUGGCUGACAUUGAGUCCAGUCUGCACCCUCUCCUUUCUUUCAAAGAAUCCUUCUCCGUGAGAAGCUUCUUCAUCAACUGCUGCUGGUCUCAGGGCCACAGCUCAGAGGGGGGCUGGGAAUUUGACGAGGACCUGCAGCCAGCAGAGAGGGUCCUGCAGGAUGUAAGGGAGAGGCGAGAGCAGGAGAAGUGCCUCCAGGAGAUCCAACAGCAGCUGGAGAUCCAAGAGACGAUAAGCGAGUCGCCAAAACUGGAAGAGGAGCAGUUACUCGGCCUGUUGGAAGAGUGUGAGCUGGAGCAGAGCUGGAGGCAGGGUCAGGGGGCUGAGGACAUCGCGCCUAGGGACCCUGACAGAGACACAGACCGUCUCCUAAACUUCGCCCCACCACUCCCCGAGGAUCUGCUGUCUGAAUUGCUUACAGAUGCAUACACCACCAGUGUCAGCAGCCUGGAGAACUGGUCCCAUGAAGAAUAAGAAGUAAGCUCUGGUUCUGCGACCGUCACAAACGCUCGACAAAGACCGAGCUCUUCACUAAACAGCUUUUGAAUAAUGACAUCUUUCAGUAACUAAUACACUUUUUACAAUUUGCGGUCCUAACCCAGUUAAUCCAGAGCAAAAGAACAUGCAGGUUGAAAAGAUGGUUUGAGUGACAGCUGUAGCUCAGAAAAUGUGUGUAUUUAAAUGUAGGCAUAACUAACCGACUUUACAAAAGCUUAAUAGAUAUAUAGGGAGAACAGCCGUGCUUGCCCUUUGUUUUAAUCUUAGUGGUGUAGAGGAGGACAGAACUGUGCUCUCAUUAAAUUUAUUUACUGACUAUGGCGACCACAGAACACUCCAUUAUGCACAUGAGCACUCAGUCGGAAGCAGUGGGCAUGCGGGAUGAGAUCGAUUUAGGCUAAAUAAUGAAUGAAUGAAUGUCUUCUGUCAUGACAUACAUAAGGUCUCUGUUGGCAAUCAGUGGAUGGACAUCAGACACGUUUGGCAGACAGGAUAGAGGGCCGACGGUGUGCUCCACAGGAGUGAUAGUCGCGCCCAAUUCAACUCCCACUCCCAAUAUGUAAGGCAUUCCAUGAAUUCCUGACCCCAUAGGUGAUCAGCUUCAGAGUGGGACAAGAUUAGUUUAACGCCCUGAAACUGGAACCUGUAUGACCUUUUUGGAUCUUAAUGUUUCAUUAUUUCCAAAGCCAGGAUUCCAGCGACAAAGGGCUGCCAGCAUGGAGAACUGAUGUCUCUUUGGGUUGUUUUGGAGUUUUGGGGAGCUGUUGACAUGUUUCCUUUUUGCUCCUGCUUGCAAAAUGUGAGCGGCUCAUCUGCACCUGGCUGACCUCAGGCCAGAGGUCCCGCCUUUGCUCUCUCUUGGCACUGGACACCUACAGGCCCGCGGGUCUCACUCUUCACCUCACCCACGCAUUUUGACCCCGCGCCCCCAACUCUAAGCUGCAGGAAUUAUCCUACAUUCCUCUGGGCUGAAAACACGUCGGCCAGGUGAGUCUCCAAGGUCAAACCUGAACUCAGUCCAUGAUUCUACACGGCAACCAAGGGCAGACCGACAGCAGCAAUCGUGCACAAUUUUCGCUACCAAGAGUACUUUCUUGGCCUGCCUGUUGCACAGGCAGAAUCAGUCUGACAAUAUGGAAAACAGUGCAACAAUAAUAAUCAAUAUGAUUGCUGAGGCUAUGCUGCUCUGAUUUAAAG